AUGUCUACAUUAGCAUUGGAUCAGUUAUUGAACAACAAGAAGUCUUCUUCAUUCAUCUUUAUCAAUGACACAAUUCGCUUGUCUGCUCUACCCAUUUUAGCAGACAUUGGUAAACGCGCACUCACCGAUGACAAAUCGCUAGUAGUUCUUUUGACAGAAACAUCACCCAGAGCAUGGCGUGAACGCUUUCCCGUGGAUAAACGAAACAACAUAUGCAUCAUUGAUUGCUAUUCCGAUCCCCAUGGUUGGGAUGACGAUGUAGAGAAGCACGCUGAUAAUAAUACCAUUCAAGUAAAGAACAUCAAGGACAUGGAAAAGCGUAUUUUGUCACCUAUAAUGAAGAAAGUGCUGGAAUCACCCAACUGCACAAUCCUCGUUGACUCAAUCACUCCAUUGGCAAUGAUCUCUCAGCAUAGAGCCUACCAACUUGUCAAGGCAUUGGAAUCAUUGACGACUGAUGCCAUUCGUUUAGCUGUUGGCUAUCAUUCUGAUGUCAAGCUAGUGUCCAAGACUGGAUUAGCUUUACAGGAUUCACUCAAUAGACUUGCAUCAGUCAUCAUUAAAUUAGAGGCAUUGAAGGAGCGUACAGCAUUCGAGACACAAGCUGCAUUGACUGGAUUUGUGCCUCAAGACACAUUUUCUUAUUUGACCAUCACAUCCAAUUGCUUGACGAAGGGAGGUAUCGCACAUAUCGAAUGGAGAAAGAAGAGCGGGAAAGUGCAGUAUGAAUCCAAUGGGUUCAUCAUGCAACCAGACACUGGAUUACUGCAAGUUGUCGCUGCUAAUCAACUGACAUUGGAGAAGGAGGAGGAGCCAGAGCCAGAGGCCAUGGAAGUUGACAAGAAAUCAGAUCCUACAGCCAACCUGUCGUUUAAUCUGUCUCUGACUGACGAGCAACGUAAGACCAAGGAGAACCUAGUGCUACCAUUCAUGAAGGCACAGCAGUUGGAAGUGUCCGUGGAGGAGGAAAAGAAGAACAGUGGUCUGAUCUACUAUGACCCUGAUGCAGCAGACGAUUUUGAUGAUGAGGAUCCUGAUGAUGAUUUAGACAUUUAA